AUCUGUACUCCCCGGGUAUCUCGAUGAAUGGCUGACCUCCAAGGAGCCACCGCCAUCAGUCGUCGCCUCCGCCCGCUUCCGCCGCAGCUCACUCCUUACGAUGUCCGACCCUAGCGGCGACUCCUCGCGCCCGAUCAUGGACCUCGACCUCGACGGCUCCCCGUGGCCGCCCUUCGAUCAGAGCUCCUUCGCUGCGAUCCCCCUGUCCCCCUUUCUGAUCUCCUCCUCCCCUUCUCUUCCCCCUCCGUUUCCGACGCCGCUCUCGCUAUCUAUCGGGCAGUCUUCUUCGCCUCUGUGGAUCGUGGAGGAAAGAGCUGCCGAAGUGUCGAGCGCUCUCGCCGGGGAUUCGGCAUUUUUCAACGAUACAAUACCUGCAAAGGCCAAUGGAGCCAAGGGCAACGAAAGGCAGCUUCAACUUCCAGCAAAAGAGGAGCAUGUGGAGGCAUCGUGUGUGAUCAAAGAGAGGAUGACACAGGCACUACGGUGCUUUAAGGAGUCCACAGAUCAGCAUGUGCUAGUUCAGGUGUGGGCACCUGUAAAGAAUGGCGACCGAUGUGUUCUUACCACUUCAGGGCAGCCCUUCGUUCUUGAUCCUCAGACUACAAAGCUCCUUCAGUACAGGACAGUAUCUCUGAUGUACAUAUUUUCUGUAGAUGAGGGAGAGGAUGAUUCAUAUCUUGGUCUGCCUGGUCGCGUCUUUACCAAAAGAAUGCCAGAAUGGACACCAAAUGUGCAGUACUAUAGUAGCAAGGAGUAUCAGCGUCUUAACUAUGCCCUUCUUUAUAACAUUCAGGGGACCUUGGCAUUGCCAGUUUUUGAACCAGAUGGUCAGUCCUGCAUUGCUGUGGUUGAGCUCGUCAUGACAUCACAAAAGAUCAACUAUGCCUAUGAUGUUGAUAAAGUUUGCAAAGCGCUUGAGACUGUAAAUUUGAAAAGCUCUGAAAUCAUGGAUGUUGCAAAUGCUGUGAUUUCUAAUGACGGACGCCAAGCAGCUCUUGCUGAAAUUCUUGAAAUUCUAACUGUUGUCUGUGAAGCACAAAAGUUGCCUCUUGCUCAGGCUUGGGUUCCUUGUAGACAUAGGACUAUUCUGGCUCAGGGUGGUGGGGUUAAGAAGACUUGUUCAAGCUUUGAUGGAAGUUGCAUGGGACAAGUCUGCAUGUCAACUACAGAUGUUGCUUUUUAUAUUGUUGAUUCUCACCAAUGGGGCUUUAGAGAAGCCUGUGUAGAACAUCAUCUACAGAAGGGACAAGGGGUGGCUGGCAGGGCAUUUGCACUGCGCAGGCCAUGCUUCUCUGGAGAUAUUACCAAGUAUUGUAAAAGUGAGUAUCCUCUUGUACACUAUGCUAGAAUGUUUGGGUUAGCUGGAUGUCUCGCCAUAUGCUUACGAAGCAUCUACUCGGGAGAUGAUGAUUACAUAUUGGAAUUCUUUCUCCCAGCUGAAUGUAAAAGCUCUGCUGAGCAACAAAAUAUGUUGAAGUCCAUUUCAGCUUUGUUAAAACAGUGUUUCCAGAAUUUGAAAAUCAUAACUGAUAUGGAGUUUCGAGAAGCAAUAUCUCUUGAACUUGGCGAUCUUGUUACAGAUGACAACUAUGAGCUGCAACACGGAUGCCUAUCCAGUCAACACCACGAUACUGGUCUUUAUGUUUUGUCUGAAAAUAAUAUCUGGGAGGCUGGAGAAAAUGACAAAUUGUCAAAUGACAAUAACGAAUCUCCAGAUUUGCACGAACCAUCUGCGACUACAGAUCCUAAUGUCAAGACUGAUGGCGACAUUAUUUCAGAUUCAACAUUGUCGGCCAAGAAAGCUAUCAAAACACCUGGGAAGCGAAGAGGUAAGGCAGAAAAGAUGAUCAGUUUAGAGGUUUUGCAACAAUACUUCUCAGGAAGUCUCAAAGAUGCUGCACGGAGCCUUGGCGUUUGCCCAACUACUAUGAAGCGCAUUUGUAGGCAUCAUGGAAUUUCCAGAUGGCCAUCUAGGAAAAUCAAUAAGGUCAAUCGUUCUCUUUCAAAGCUUAAGCAUGUCAUUGAGUCAGUUCAAGGGGCAGGGGCAUUGGAUUUGACUUCUCUAGCAGGCCCACUACCUGCGACUAUUGAUUCUAUUCCAUGGCCUGUUAAUACAGAAAGCUUGAAGGACAUAAACGAAGGUAUGAAGGGAAGAGAGUUUUCACCAGAGAAGCCUUAUGAUAGAGAUGAUUUGCAGAAAAAAUUUGUUCCUCUUCAGAUAAAUGUUGAUGAUGCAGGUCCACAUCAAAGACCUGCCAAGGAUUAUCGCUGUUUAAAAUCAGGAAGCUCUUCGGAUGACAGCAUUGAUGCCCCUACUUCUCAAGGUUCAUGCCAGGGCAGUCCAGCCAAUGAGAUCUUUACAAGUAAUCAACCAGAUCUUGAUGCAAAUCAAGCAUUGGAUGUUGACCCUUCCUCAAAAUUCAUAUUAGAAAACACUUGCAAUCAGAAUUUGUUUAACCAGAAUUCUCUUCCUAGUCCUAUUAUUGUAGAACCUCAAGAACCAGUUGAAAUGCUAAUCAAAGAUUCAGGGAGCUCAAAAGAUUUGAAAAAUCUUUGCUCUUUUAGAGGAGAAGCUUCUCAGGAUGGAUGUGCUAUGGUUCUGAAUGAUACUGCAUCAAAAAACUUGGCACUGCAAGAAAAUAACACGCUCAUCAUCAAGGCAAGUUACAAAGACGACAUAAUCAGAUUCCGUUUGCCGAUUGAUGCUGGUGUUGUUGCUCUAAAAGAUGAAAUUUCUAAGAGGUUCAAACUGGAAGUGGGUAUAUUUGAUAUAAAGUAUCUUGAUGAUGAUCAUGAGUGGGUCAUGUUGGCUUGUGACUCUGAUUUGGAGGAGUGCAUGGAUAUCUCUAGGUCAUCUGGAGCUUCUAUAAUCAGAUUAUCUGUUCAUGAUGUGAUUACAAACCUCGGAAGCUCCUGUGAAAGUUCGGAGUUUGACCAUCACAUUGUUGCCACAAGGCAUUUCAAUACAGGUUAAGUGUAUGUUGAAGGUUUGCUAGUUUGUUGUGAAAAUCAUCUCAAUGUUGCUGUUUUUUAGAAUCUUAGGUAAGUGAAUUAGACGUUGACAAGAGUUACCUUAGUGGCUCCUAGUUUAUUAGGCAUAAGUACACAGUAGAAAGUGGAAAAUUAUGGAUUGAAGUAAGAAGACUUGUCGUGACUAGAGUGAGGCUUGUCAGGCAGCUUGAGCUUUCAUCAUAUGAACUCACAUAUCUUUAUCCUUUC